GCCCCAGACAGUGUGUGACACACUUCUGGACACCUGCAUCCCCUCUGAGGACAUCUGAAGACGUGAAGAUGAAACUGUCCUGUGUUGUUACUGUUGCUGUCCUUGUUCUGGCCCUCUGCUCCCAGGGACAAAGCCAGCCGGCUGCUGGUCCAGAUAAAUGUUGUUUUAAUUAUUAUGGCAAGACGAUUCCAGUUAGAGCCAUAAAAGAAUAUAAAGUCACCCACCCCAGCUGCCCCAAACGUGCUGUGAUCCUCAUCACUAUGAAGGGCAAAGAACUGUGCGCCAACCCAGAGGCCAAGCAAGUCCAGGACAUUAUGGAUAAACUGGACGACCUGUUUGGUACCCCAGCCCCCACUAGAUCUCCUUAGCAUGUGACCACAGACCAGCCCUAAGCUCCUUGCUAUGCUCACCUCCGCCCUGAGACAUCAGUGUACACACCAGCUCAAAAGAGUUACAGCGAAUGUAACAACCUGUAACUCAAAUGCUUUGUUUUGCACAAAAAUACUCUUUUUUAAUUGCUGGGCAGCACAGCAAGACCUGCACAUUAGUAAGCUUGUAGAAACUUCUGUAUUCCUCUUCAGCUUAUAUUAAUAAAUCUAUUUUACAAUA